UCGCACAGCGCCGCCGGAGGUUGCUGUGUGGGCCGCGGGCCGUGCCCGGAGCCGUGCCGCGGUGAGCCCCACCGGGCGGAGCGCGGCCCCAUGGGCGGCAGGCGGUGAUCCCCGCCCUUCCCCGCCCCGCUCCCGCCGCGCCGGUAGCGCCAUGGAGGAGGAGAGCAUGGAGGAGGAGGGUGGCGGCGGCGGAGAGCCCAUGAUGGACGACCAGAACCACAACAACUGGGGCGCCGGCGGCUACGGGCGGCACCUGCUGGGCUCCGCCGCAGGGCAGGUCGGUAACCGCUUCCUACGCGAGGCCGCUGCCGGGACCCCGGCCGGGACCGAGCUCUCUGAGGCCAACGGCAUGCUGCAGGGUUGCGAGCCGGAGGGCGCCUCAUGCAAGGGGGAAGCCGGAGCCAUCGCCGCUGCCAUCAACAUCAACGCCUCGACCUCCAAGUUCCUAAUGAAUGUUAUAACAAUUGAAGACUAUAAGAGCACAUAUUGGCCAAAGUUGGACAGUGCCAUAGAUCAGCUUCUAACUCAGAGUCCUGGUGACUACAUCCCUAUCUCCUAUGAACAAAUAUACAGUUGUGUGUAUAAGUGUGUAUGCCAGCAGCAUUCGGAACAGAUGUAUAGUGACCUAAUAAAAAAGAUAACUAACCACUUAGAGAGAGUCUCAAAGGAGCUGCAGGCCAGCCCUCCAGAUCUCUAUAUUGAAAGAUUUAACGUAGCUCUUGGACAGUAUAUGGGAGCAUUGCAGAGCAUUGUGCCUCUUUUCAUAUAUAUGAAUAAAUUUUACAUAGAAACCAAGCUUAACAGAGACUUAAAAGAUGACCUUAUAAAGCUGUUUACGGAACAUGUUGCAGAAAAGCACAUUUACAACCUAAUGCCUUUACUUUUGGAAGCUCAGUCAACACCCUUCCAAAUAACUCCUUCAACCAUGGCAAAUAUUGUGAAAGGCCUGUAUACACUACGACCAGAAUGGGUACAGAUGGCACCAGCUUUGUUUUCUAAGUUCAUCCCAAAUAUUCUGCCGCCUGCUGUGGAAUCUGAGCUUCAGGAAUAUGCUGCUCAAGACCAGAAACUUCAGAGAGAGCUUAUGCAGAAUGGAUUUACUAGAGGUGACCAGUCACGCAAGAGAGCUGGAGAAGAGUUAACUUACAAUGGCUCAUCAACUUGUGCAAGCUCCAGGGGGUACAGAUAGUGAAUAUACUGGAUCAGCUUCUAAUCCUAGCCAGAACAGACACUGGAGGAGCGCAGGUGAUAUCCGGAGCCUCCUUUGGCAACUGCUGAUACUCGAGCUCUGACACGAGCUAUGCCUCAAAGAAGAGUUUUGGACUUUCUUCUUUAUAUAAUAAAAUGUCAGUUGCUGCUACAAUUGGGAUGACUUUGAAAGACAUGUUUCCUUGGUCUAACCUAUCGACAAGUUCAUGUUCUGUGAUUUUUUUCUGUGAGGAAUGCACCUUGAAAAAUGAUCCUUUCAAAGUGGAAACGGGCAGCGAAAUCAGCAGCUUCCAAAAGCGUUAGAAUGGAAGAAUCUUUUUUGCACUCUUUUCUUAAUAUUAAGGACAUUCUUAAAACUAGUUAACACAUCAGUGUAUUAGUUUUUAAACUUCAAGGUAUUUUCUGGAGCUUUUACUUAAUAAGAAUAAAGUUUUGUUAUUUUACAGUAUUUGUUUGUUAGUUUAAAAAUGGUCACCUUUGAAGAGUUGGUCCCAUGUAAAUGUAUCUUCUGUCAGGGAGUUUAAGAUUCCAGAUUUUUCUUUCCUCUUUGGUUUUUGUUACUUGGUAUUUUGAAUCUCUUUUCCUGUGUGUUCGUACUCUGUGCCUUCAGCUUGUGCACUUUGCAACUUCAGAGACCAUAUUUUGUUUACUGCAAAAUGUGCUCUUGAGGCAAAACUUGAUGCGAACAAACAUGCUGCAAAGUUGCGCUUUUCUCUUGCAUUAAUGGGAGGUGAAUUUAAUGAGGAAGGGAGAAAAGUUGAACCUGUCACCAUUGCUAAUAGUGACUUGAAAGUUUGUCCCCUUCUUAAUUUUCAUAUAUAUUUGUGUUCAGUGCUGGGACCAACUCUUGUAGAAACCCUCUCAUUGACUUUUCAUUGGCUUCCAUAAUUGCAAUAGAUCGAGAUGUGAAUUCCAGAUUGAAUGAAAUACUAAGAUACGUUUUAUGUUGUGCUAUGUAGCAACAUUGUGGACAAAAUUCUCCAGUCCAGUAGGUCUGCAGUGUGCAUCUUUGUCAGCACAAACUAGAUGUGCACCUGGUUGAUCUGCGAACAGUGGUACCCGUCCAAGAUCACUUUGUGGCUUCUGUGCCACAUCUCCUGUUUUAGGAAGGUGAAGGGGGUAUGAUGGUGGGUGUAGUCAGAAUCAGGGAGUUGAGGAGUGGUGUAAUGCAGCCUCUUGCUUCCAGUCUUGUGUAGGCUCAGUUGGAGAUCCAGCUGAGCCCAGUUCCAGGAGAUCUGGACCGAUGGUCUAAAUCCUAGUGAUUGUGACUUGGGUUUUAAUCAGUGGUAUGGCUAAUGCAGUUCUUUCAUGAGGGGAGAUAUAUACUUGAAAAAGCAGUUUGACUACAGGGUUUGUUGUUGUUUGGGGGUUUAUUUGUUGUUACUAUGGAUUUAUUUUCAGUACCUUUAGUUCUGAAGAGAAAUGAGUUGGUCAUAUAAAAUCUUUCUGAAGUGAAACAAACUUUGUUCAGUUUUGUCUUGCACAACUCUUACGCCUGUUUAAAAACAGCACCACACAGACACCCACCAACCCCCUUUGUGCUUGCAUGAGUUCAUUACAAAGUGCAGAAAAAAGACAAAAAUAGAUGCGGCAGGGACAAAGCUUCUUUUUGUUUUGUAUCCAGGAGUCAUGUAAAUGAAUUUAGUUCAAUCCAUUUCACAUCAGUCGCUUCAGCAAUGCCGCUAGUUUGGAGGGUGGCAGGGAGGAAGAAUGAGAAGGACACUGCUGUGUUUGACAGAUUCAAAUCUGAUUUAACUGUGUGUUUCUUUGCAUAUUUGCAAGGACUAUUUAACUUUGAGGAAGCUUUUCUUUUAGAAUGACAAAUGAACGUUUGGUGUGGUGUUUUCUCUGUAGAACAAUGCCAGCAAUCUAAUUUCAUCCCCAGUAAUGGAAAACCAGACCACUCGGUAGGGAUUUUUCAAGUGUUGAUAGUGCUUCAACUUUGCUAUCAGGUACUUAAGUUGAAGCAGAAUUAGAUACAAACAGGGGUUUUGAAAAUACACGGUGGAUAAAUUAAUGAAGGCCUUUAGGGAACAAAAUGAUUUGCCAGCUUCCAGGUUUUCUGUCAGUUUUGGCUUUAAACAAAAAUAAAACCUCUGAUAGCAUCCUUAGCUUUAAAAUAAUCACUGUUUACUGAGAUCAUGAUAUUCCUGAGUAAAGAAUAGAUGCAUUAACCUGAUUUGGUUAAAGUCUGUUUACAACUUCAUUACCAUUCUAGCUCAUAUAAUACAGUAAUCAAGCUCUGUUGUCUUUGUCAAAUGAUUACAGUCUUUUUCUGUUAUUAAAGUGGUUUUACUGGGUGAGGUUUGUAAAUAACAUUUACUUUUGCUUCAUUGUCUGAGGCAAGGGUUCAACAUUCAUUUUACAUUGCAUUAUGUUUGGGACACAAACUUCUUGAACAGUAAAGGGUAAAGCAUUCCUGUUGGUGUGGUUCACUUUGUGUGCCAUGAGUAGUGCUUGCAUAUUCCUCAGUCCUCUGUAGCAUUCUCACUUGGCCACCAUACCAGAGAAAUCUGUUUGUUAAGCACUGUAUUAUGUUGUAAAUUUGGCAUUAAAAUUCCUGUAUGUUUUGGCAUUAUUAACGUAAUGCUGAAAUACUGUUUUAUCUGUUGAAGAUGUUCUCAUUGUGACUGAGCAUGGAACAGAAUACAGCUUAUGAUACUAAAUCAUUUUGUUUCUCUGUAAACUUUUACUUACAGUAAAACUAACUCAGCGGACUUGAGCAUUGGUACUGUUAAGCCACAAUUACCAACAGCAUGAUCCUAACUGCAGUAUUUAAUUUAACCAGAUAACUUGCGGUAAAUCCAUUGCAUUUGUAGCUUACUCUGUUAAGAUUAAGCAGUAAAGUUGGUUAUACAGUGGGUGUCGUCUUCAUGUUGCACUGGUUCUACAGCCAAACUUGCUGCAUUAAAAUAUUUGUAGAUUAAUUUCA